GCGGGAGCGGGGUGCUCGCGUCGGGCAGCGGGCGCGCGCCCGCCAUGGCUGUUGUCCGCUGACGGUUGGAGCGCGAGCCAUGGAGCGGGCCCGGGCGAUCGGAGAUCCUCACUGAAGCCAAACCUGCGGCGCAAGGCGAUGGCGGGGCCCCGGUGGCCCGAAGCCUCCGCCGUUGCCAACCACCACCACCACCACCUCCUCCUCCUCCUCAUGUUCCUACUGCUGCCGGGUGCAAUACGGGGCGACAUUGAUGGUAUCUUUGAAAAAUUGUGAAGUGGACUGCCCAGCUUUCAAAACUAAUGUUUUGUGGACAGAUAUAUUGUGGACACCUAUAGUCAGAAAACCAGUGUGCUGCCAGUACAGUGACUCUGCCAGAAACCCUGCUGUUCAUAUCCACGCUUGAUGGGAAUCUGCAUGCUGUCAGUAAACGGACUGGGGAGAUCAAAUGGACCUUAAAAGAAGAUCCAAUCAUUCAAGUUCCUGUCUACCUGGCCGGACCAGCAUUUCUUCCAGACCCAAAUGAUGGAAGUCUCUAUAUCUUGGGAGGGACAGCUAAAGAGGGACUAAUGAAACUCCCUUUCACCAUCCCUGAACUGGUUCAUUCCUCCCCUUGUCGGAGCUCUGAUGGAAUACUGUACACGGGUAAGAAACAGGAUCUGUGGUUCGUAGUAGAUCCUGAAACUGGAGAAAAGCAGACCACACUGACCACAGAUAUGUCAGGGAACAUAUGUCCAACCACUCCUCUCCUGUACAUCGGGCGAACAGAGUAUAUGAUCACCAUGUACGAUACCAAGACACGUGAAAUUUUCUGGAAUGCAACCUAUUAUGACUAUUCUGCUCCUUUAUACAAUGAAAACAUGGACUAUAAAAUGGCACAUUUUGCAUCAAAUGGUGAUGGUUUGGUGGUGACUAUAGACAGGGCAUCAGGCGAUGUCCUUUGGAUGCAGAAUUAUGGGUCUCCUGUGGUGGGAAUGUUCAUUUGGCAACAGGACAGCCUUCACCAGAUACCACACCUCAAUGUUGCCAUGGAAACACUGCGGUACCUCACCUUUAACUCUCUAGAUAUCCGAAUGAUAAAGUGGAAGUACCAGUUCGUGAAAGAGCCAUCCACUACAAAGACCCAAUUGGUUCCCACACUUUAUGUCGGGAAGCAUGCAUCUGCUUUCUAUGCCUCAACAUCUCUCGUUCAUGAAGGAGUUGCCAUCGUGCCUCGUGGAAUCCCCAUUGUACACAUCGAUGGUCCCACAACUGAGGAUGUCACUGUGCGGGAGCAAAGUGCUUGCGAAAGAACACCGAGCACUCGAGUCAAAUAUCCCCAGGGGAGUAUCCUUGCAUCCAGUAACUUCAAGAGCCAAUGGUUGUUCAUAGGUCAUCAUGAAAUGCCACCAGUUGCACACACUACAAUCCUGAGGACAUUUCCGGAUCCUGUGAAGAAGAAUAAUGAGGCUAUCAUCACUACAAAGACAAACACGAGAACUAUUGAUGAUUUUAUGAUGCCAAGUGACCAGAUACAAUCAAAAUCAUUUGAUGACAGUUAUCGGAUGGACAGUGAAGUGAAGCAAGAGGCUGCAACAGAGACUGUGCCUGAAUUGGGAAACCAAGAUAUUGUGACUGCAACCAUACUUGCUAUACUAAUAGGAUGUUGGGUGGUGUUUCUAGUCAUGUAUCCAAACAAAAUGCACUGGCAGCAGAAAUUACAACAGCAACAGCUGGAACAACAACUGGAGGAGAAUUUCCAGCUGCUUCAGCAGCAGCCCUCACCCUCUGGUGACCAGAACAAUUUGACUUCUUCAGAAUGCACGGAAAUAUCUCAAACUUCCCAAAAAGAAGCCCAAGGACCCAACUCCCCAGUUCGUGACAGCAGUAACCAAUCAUCAGAGCAACCUCCUGAUAACAGUUUGUACAAUGGUACUCUCUGUUAUGAUGAAAUAGUGGCUGGUGCAGCAACCAACUUAGUUACAAUAGGAAAGAUUUCCUUCAACCCAAAAGAAGUACUGGGUCAUGGAGCCGAGGGAACAUUUGUUUUUCGGGGCACCUUUGAUGACCGUAAUGUUGCUGUGAAAAGAAUUCUCCCUGAGUGUUUCAAUUUUGCUGACCGUGAAGUUCAGCUCCUUCGGGAAUCUGAUGAGCAUCCCAAUGUCAUUCGCUAUUUCUGUACUGAAAGGGACAAGCAGUUUUAUUAUAUUGCAAUUGAACUGUGUACUGCUACACUACAAGAGUAUGUGGAAGAUUCCAAGUUUGACCAUGUUAAUCUGGAUCCAGUCACGGCACUCUUUCAGACUAUGUCUGGUCUAGCUCAUCUACAUUCUCUUAAUAUUGUCCAUCGUGAUUUGAAACCACGCAACAUCCUCAUCUCCCUGCCAAACUCUCAUGGGAAUGUGAGGGCAGUGAUCUCAGACUUUGGCCUCUGUAAGAAACUGUCUGCUGGGCAUCACAGUUUCAGCCUGCGCUCGGGCAUACCUGGUACAGAGGGCUGGAUUGCACCAGAGGUAUUACAAGAGGAUCCCAAGGAUAAGGCUACGUACGCAAUAGACAUUUUCUCAGCAGGCUGUGUCUUUUACUAUGUUGUUUCCGAGGGAAAGCAUCCAUUUGGUGAAUCGUUCAGACGGCAGAGUAAUAUCUCAAUAGGGUGGUACACGUUGGAGCAUUUUGAACAAGAGACGCACGAGAAUAUUGUGGGUAAACACCUGAUUGAACAAAUGAUCAGUGACAAUCCACAACAACGUCCCUCCACUCAGUGUGUCUUGAAACAUCCUUUCUUUUGGACUAAAGAAAAACAGCUUCAAUUCUUUCAGGAUGUGAGUGAUCGGAUAGAAAAAGAACCAGUGGAAGGGCCAACAGUUAGUAGAUUGGAGACUGGCGGAAGAUUGGUGGUGAGAACAAACUGGAGGAUGCACAUCUCUGUACCCUUACAAACAGACUUGAGAAAGUUUCGGACAUAUAAAGGAAACUCCGUGCGCGAUCUUCUUCGGGCCAUGAGAAAUAAGAAACAUCACUGCCACGAACUACCACUGGAAGUACAGGAGACACUGGGAGAGAUACCGGACCAGUUUGUGCAAUACUUCACGUCUAGAUUCCCAAAGCUACUGCUGCAUACAUACCAAGCAUUGGAAGCAUGCAGUCAUGAGAGGCUCUUUCACCUGUAUUAUCACCGGGAAUCUGGAGACCUGAACAUUGUCAAGCCAGAGAGAUAGCCAGCACAAGCAUGCUUGUGGGAAUCUAUAGAACUGAAUGAAGUGCUCUUGAAGCUAAAAUGCUUCACGUAGAAUAGAGUAAGAUUGACAUUUUCAGAGAACAAAGAAAUCUGUUCGAUGACCUCUGCUGUCAUAAGCCUGCGCAUAAAUGGAUCAUCUUAACUUUACAAUGGAGACACUUUAUUGGUAUGAUUGGGCAAGAUAAAAAUGUGUUCAUAAUGUAGUCAAGGAGCUGGACCUGACACACAAGGAAGAGACAAUUGUUACAUAACACUACUCCAGCUCACAGCUGUGACCAAAGCUGGGGAGAACAGUUUCUUUCCUAUGCAGAAGAACCAACAAUGUUGUGGAAUCAAACAGGACAGGUAGAAAAAAGGAAAGCGCUCUGCCGUAUACAUGUUUGUGCCAUAAAAACACCACUGAUGCCACAGGUGAUAGUUGUAACACUGGCUACCAACGUUUACAGCAUAGUAUUUGUGCACACUUACCUUAAGUGACUGGAGAGGGGUUUUUUUAAGAGAUUAUUUUCAGUUAAAUACAACCUACUUAAUUUUUUUUAAAUUAUAUCAAAAUCAAUCAUUUCUCAUCACUGAUGGCCUUAUGCAAUGCUAUCAUGUCCUCAUCUUGUAAAGCUGUUAAUAGCUCUAAAUUAUUUUGAAAGGGAGUCAAUGGAUAGUGAGCAGAAACCAAAAUCAAGGCCGAGGCCUAUUCUUGGAGCUGCUGCUUCUCACCAUUUAUGGCCCUGGAUGAUUUACCUGGUUCAACAGCUUUGUUGUUCACCACAUAGAUUUCCAUAAAUCAGAUCAACAGAACGAAACAUUUGUUUAUUUAAAACUACAUGCAUUGUUCACCACUCAAUCAUGUUGUAGAUAUGAAAUGAUUGCUGCAUAAUUUGGACUGAGCUUUCUGUGGCAAAGGCACAUUGGAGACCAGAACUUGCUUAAACGACUCUUGGAAUAGGCAUUAUGCAAUGGGUUUAUUAUAUGCUAAAUGGUGUAAUCUUAUUUUUUUAAAAUAUUACAGUUGAAAAAUCAAACUGCCAAAGGGUUGGGAGUGGGUGGAAAAGUUGAUGUGAAAAUUUUUUGUAAGCAGUUAAAGAGAUUGAGGUUUAUAAAUAAACAUUUCUGCUGUGCAGUAUUUUAUGCAAGA